AUGACGUUGCGAGUUGAUGAUCUUGACCCUAAUGUAAGCGGCGGCACCAUGCGAACGAUGCUAUCAUUCGCGAGCGGAGGCCCGAAAGCAAUCGCGGCGGCUGGUCACCCGUCGCUGCUGACGCCGAUUCCUCACACGAAACCCAUCGAGGCGGUCCGCGGAAUCCACACGCAUCCCGUGCUUGGAUUAUUGACACUCUCUUCGCCGCCGGGCGACCAAGCGCGCACCCUCAUCAAUAGAUCUUGGGGUCUCCUGGGCGGCCCCGAAGGCAGCUGGGGUCCCAACUUCCAGUACAACGAGUACGAGAGGGCGCAGUCGUAUGUGGGAGCCGUCUUCAACUUGAUCCGCUGCUAUAUUAUUCUCACCGUGUUCUCGUGGGUGCAGUAUCCUUGGUUUUACAAUUUGCUAAUGCGCUCCGCACCGGACUUGGGCGUUGGUCCGUCUGAAGAGCAAAUUAAGGCUUUGCCUUUCACUGCGGCAGCUUUCGUUGAGGCCGACCCCCCAGAGGAGAUAAAUCGUGGGAAAGGGUGCCUCAUCAAGUUGAGGUACAACGAGGGAAACUACCCCUUCGCUGCCAUGCUCAUGGCUCAGGCAGGCGCCACACUGUUGUACGAUAGGAACUUAUCAGCGGGUAUUAAUGGCGGAUGUCUGACGGCUGGGGUGUUGGGGCCGGACUUUGUGGAGAGGGCGAGGCAGGGAGGUCUCGAGAUCGAGACCACCAUGGUUGAAAGUCUGAAGAUCUGA